UUGGGCCUUCUCAAUUAUUGAGCAUUGAAAACACAGCGCCCUUAUUGCAAACGCAGUGCUAGGGUUUUGUUGAUCGAUCGAUGGCUGUUGCUUCCUCCUCCGCCAAUCUCCCAAGGUUUCCAAGAUCGGGGCUAGGGCUCUCGAAUCGCAGCUCCAGCGGCGCCACUCGGCGGGGCGCCUGUGUCCGGUGCGCGUAUGCGCCUCGCGGCGGGAGGGUCGCCCUCGCGGAGCGCGCAGCGCAGCCGAAUUUCUACGAGGUUUUGGGAUUAUCGUCGCAAGACGUGGAUUUGUCGAGCAUCAAGCUGGCCUACCGGCAAAUGGCGAGGAAAUAUCACCCGGAUGUGUGCCCCAGGGAGGAGAUGGAGGAAUGCACGCAGCGAUUCAUCGUUCUCCAGGAGGCGUAUGAGACGCUGUCGGAUUCCAGGCGCCGUGCCAUGUACGAUCUCGCCAUCUCGGGCGCGCUCGAUUCGCACGGGAUUGCGGUGUCCUGGGCGACGGAUUUCGAGGAUGAUUGGAGGAUGAGAUGGGCCGAUCAGCUAUCCGGGCUGAAGAGAAGGAGCGCCGUGAAAGAACACGAGAAUCGAGAGAGCUGGGCUGCGAGGAUCCGGCGGCAACAGCAACGGCAAUAGCAUAAACAAUAGAUCAAACCAUGUACAUUGAUAGAUAAAAAAAUAGAUGCCGGAGGCUAUACGCAUCGGUUAAACUUA